GGUGAGGCUAAACCGGGAGACAGGCCGAGCUGGGGCAGCUCUCCAGCCCCACCUCUAGUACCUAAUUCUCCCCCACCUUAUGUCUACUUCGUAACCUCCAUCCCGGAGCUUCAUUCAGAUAUAACGUUCCCAUCCAUCCAAAACUAACUAUCAAUAAACGCCCCCAGCCCUUCUCGACCUCUCUGCUUGAACCAUUUAUUAACGCAUAUCCGAAUUGGGGCACGCGUAACUUAUAGGGUUCUAUCUCAAGUCUUCGAUCAGACAUUGACAACUUAUGCUCUGAAGCCUGGCGAGCACCGAACAUCGACCAUGGCGAGCCCCAAGAUCAACGAGCUCCUUGCCGCCGCCAAGGCGGCCGACGACCAAGCUGCCGCCUACGACUCGCUGCUCGAGAACCUCAAGUCUCACUCGACGCCCACCACCGUCGAAGCUGACAUGAAGGCCAUCGCAAGCUCCAUUUUCACCAACGACCUGCGCGUCGUGGCCCUGCGGAGCGUGCUGGAGCGCUUCAUCGCCGUGCUCGGGGCCUUCAACAACGCCGACCUGUCGGUCUCCGUAGGUCAGCACACGCUCGACAUCAUCGCGGCGCAGCCAUCAGCUACAUUCCUAGACCAAGUGGCGUCGCUCCGCGCUCUGAUGGCAGACGCACACGAGAGCAACGAGGACUUCCUCGAGGCGGCCAAGACGCUCUCGGAGAUCCCGCUCGACGCCGCGCAGCGCAAGGUGACGGACGAGGAGCGCGCUGCCAUCUGGGUGCGCAUCGUGCGCAACUACCUCGAGGUCGACGACACGACCUCGGCCGAGACGUACCUGAACAAGCUCAAGAUCAUCAUCUUCGUCGUCUCGGAUCCAGCACUCAACUUGCACUUCCGCCUCUCCCAGGCCCGCAUCAACGAUGCCAAGAGAGAGUUUCUGAGCGCCAGCUCCGCGUACCACGACAUCAGCCUAUUCCCUUCCGUCUCCGAGGACGAGCGUCUGCACACCCUUGCCAUGGCCGCGCGCUGUGCCAUCCUCGCUCCCGCCGGCCCCUUGCGCAGCCGUGCCCUCGCCCGCUUGUAUAAGGAUGAGCGCGCCGUCAACCUCGACGAGUUCGGGAUGCUCGAGAAGAUGUUUCUAGACCGCCUUCUGGCGCCCGCCGAAGUUGAGAAGUUCGCCCAGGGUCUCGCCCCGCACCAACUGGCCACGACGUCCGACGGAUCGACAGUUCUCGCCAAAGCCGUGGUAGAGCACAACCUCCUCGGUGCCUCGCGGCUUUACAGCAACAUCGGCUUCGAGGAGCUAGGUGUGCUCUUGGGUCUCGACGCGUCCCGAGCCGAAGACACCACGGCCAAGAUGAUCGAGCAGGGCCGUCUAGUAGGCCGCAUCGACCAGAUCGAGCAGAUCAUCUGGUUCGAGCGCGGCGAGGCGUCGGGAGAGAAAGGCAGCGGCCGCGCCGAAGUCACCGUGGGCAAGGAGAUGCGGCACUGGGACGCCAACGUGCAGGGCCUGGCCGAGGAAGUCGAGAACGUCACGAAUGCCCUCCAACGAGAGUUCCCCGAGUUCGUCGCUGCUACGUUGGUGACAUAAACCAGCCAGAACAGGAAGAUGAAAAUGAAUGAAAGAAAUGGAAAAGAAAAUUUUUAGUCGCGAAUGGCAUAACGAUGAAUGGUAAAUGGCAUGACGGAUAUGAACCCAAAGUGGCGUUUUUCUUGCUGGGCAUGGUCAGGCAUAGACUAGGCUCGCGACUGGUCUGACCAACUAUAGAGGGAAAAAAGACCAUACUACGUUUCGGAUUGGUAAUAACAGAACU